AUGGUCGAUGACGAUCAUCUGGGCAACUUUUGUCGAUGGCUCGGACUUUCUGGAGAAGAAGACGUCGGUAAUCGCGCUCUCCGCCUGCACGUUCUCACUAUCAACAAUCUGGGUACGGGCCCUAAUGUCUUCGGAGUGACGAGUGGCUACCUACGUGAACUCCUUCCAUGCUCUAGAAACCUCAAGAGCCUCACGCUUCACGGGCUCAUCGAGUACGUCAUCACCCCUGGGCAGCUGCGGUCGGCGCUGCAGGCCCUUCCCUCUCUGGAAUACAUCGACCUCGCAAAUAUCACUGCACAAUACAAGGAUAUCUUUGCCGAUGCCCUUUGCACGCCCCGUUCAGUGUCAUUGUCUUUUGUCCCAAAUCCACACCACCACCCUAGAUUGACCAAGGAAAUAUUGGUCGAUAUCUUCCCCUUCCUCUGUCAUCCGAGUCUCCAAGGCAUCGAAUCACUGACCAUCAAGGCAGCGCGUCUAGAUGCCUACUCUGUGUCAUUUCCCGCCCUUCGCCGGCUGGAGGCCGAUUCUUGCUGGCUGAGAGAGGUUCACGCUGACGCUCUCGCAGGCUCGUUCCCCUCCCUACAAUAUCUUUAUCUUUCAUCAAUAUACUUCCCCACUACUACUGUACCCGAUGCCGUGAUUGGGAUGCCUCUCAGUGAGAUGCAUGAUGGCCGGAACUUUGCCGGAAGAUGGCGGGGCCUCCAAGGGAUGCAGCGCGCGAUGCUAGAGCAGGCCACCUGGCCCUCGCUGCAGAUUCUCAGGGUUGGGACCGUGUUAGAAUGCCCAAAGUAUGAGGCGCCUCACUCGGGGAGAUGA